AUGCAGUGCUACACAGAGAUACUCCCCCCCACAGGGGUUACUCAUGCUGUGUCAGCGUCAUUCACCUCAGCAACGGCCAACAACCUGAUUGUCAUUAAAACUUCCCUUCUGCAGAUCUUCUCUCUGGUCAAAACUUCAAAAGCAUCCAAUGAACUUUCUGAAACUGCGUUGUCUCAAUUCCACCACCCAGAGACAAAACUGGUGCUGGAGAAAGAGUACCCGCUGUCUGGAACGGUUACCGAUCUGAGUCGAGUGAAGAUAUUGAACACCAAGAGUGGCGGAGACGCCAUACUAAUUGCCGUCCGUAAUGCAAAACUCAGUUUGAUUGAAUGGGAUCCAGAGCGCGAUGCGAUUUCAACGAUCUCCAUCCAUUACUAUGAGCGGGAUGACUUGACCCGCAGCCCUUGGGUGCCGGACCUUAGCCAGUGCGGAAGCAUUCUGAGUGUUGAUCCAAGCAACAGAUGCGCGGUGUUUAACUUCGGGGUCCGCAAUCUUGCUAUCCUACCCUUCCAUCAAGCGGGCGACGACCUGGUCAUGGAUGAUUACGACCCAGAGCUAGAUGGGGAACGCCCCAGCGAGGGUUCUGGCAAAGAUAUACAGCAAAAGAAGAAUGGCCAGAUACACCAAACACCCUAUGCCUCAUCAUUCGUUCUGCCAUUGACAGCAUUGGAUCCGUCAUUACUCCAUCCCAUUAGUCUUGCAUUCCUGUACGAAUACAGGGAGCCCACAUUCGGUAUCUUGUACUCCCAAGUGGCUACAUCCACUGCUCUCCUUCACGAGAGGAAGGAUUUGGUAUUCUACGCUGUCUUCACGCUCGACCUUGAGCAACGUGCAUCCACGACACUUCUUUCCGUGUCUCGUCUUCCGAGUGACCUCUUUAAGGUCGUGGCGCUGCCACCUCCGGUAGGAGGCGCGGUGCUUCUUGGGUCGAACGAGAUUGUGCAUGUUGACCAAGCCGGCAAAACCAAUGCAGUGGGGGUCAACGAGUUCUCGCGACAAGUUUCUGCGUUUUCAAUGACCGAUCAGUCAGACUUGGGUUUCCGGCUUGAGGGCUGUGUGAUUGAGCGACUCGGCGGGGAUAGUGGGGAUUUGAUUCUAGCCCUUGCUUCUGGCGACACCGCAUUGAUCAAGUUCAAACUCGAUGGAAGAUCCGUCUCCGGCAUGACCGUUCAUCUCCUCCAGGCCAAUGCGGGAGGGAACAUUCUCAAAUCGGCUGCUUCAUGCUCCACCUGUUUGGACGAUGGAAACGUAUUUUUUGGUAGCGAAGACGCAAACUCGGUACUCCUCGAAUGGUCUCACACAUCUUCUACAUCAAAAAAAGCUCGACUUGAAUCCAAGCAAGCCGACGACAGCAAUGAAGGCCUCUCUGACGAUGACCAAAUGGAAGAUGAUGACCUUUACACCUCGGCACCGGGACCUGCACAGAGUGACAAUCGUAUAGGCAAUGACAGCUCAACACCUCAAUACUAUAAUCUUCGAUUGAACGACGAGCUUCCUAGCAUUGGACCUUUGCGAGAUAUCACUUUGGGCAAGGCUAUUCCUAGCGUGAGGAACCCGCAAACAAAUGAGGGUGUUGCCGCUGAACUGGAACUGGUGGCAUCCCAAGGCUCGGACCGAGGCGGCGGUCUGGUCGUCAUCAAGCGUGAGAUCGACCCUUCGACGGUCAUGUCUUUGAAAACCGACAAUGCAGACGGAGUUUGGUCGGCCAGUGUUACCACUACACCGGGGAAGGGAAUGUCCAACCCCACUGAAAACCCAGCCCGGCGAUAUGUUAUCACUUCGCGGCCCACGGAGUCAGAUCAGGAAGCGAACGACAUUUAUUCGGUGGAAGAUGGGGGUUUCAGUCCUUUCAAGGCAUCUGAGUUUAAUCCCAAUGAGGAUUGUACCAUCGAGAUAGGGUCUCUGGCCGGGGAGACUCGUCUAGUUCAAGUCCUCCGAAACGAGGUUCGAAGUUACGAUAAAGAUCUGGGACUUUCACAAAUCUAUCCUGUCUGGGAUGAAGAAGUCAGCGAGGAGCGCGUGGCUAUCAGCGCAAGCUUCAGUGACCCUUAUGUUGUGAUCAUUCGCGAUGAUGCUUCUGUGUUGCUACUUCAGGCCGACGAUAGUGGUGACCUUGACGAGGUUCCACUUCCAGACGAGAUCACCACAUCUCAAUGGCGUUCCGGUUGUCUCUACCGUGACAGAGUCCAGGCAUUCGACGCGGAAGAAGGCACAUCAAAAGACUCGGUCGAACCUGGUUUGCUACUGUGUCUAUUGGACUCGGAGUGCAAGCUGUCGUUAUUCCGAGUUUCUGAUAUGAAGUCGCUCGCUGUUAUUCAAGGCGUCGACUGCUUACCCCCUGUGCUGUCAAACGAUCCUCCCAAACGAUCCAAUAUUCGGGAAACGCUCACAGAAUUUGUGAUCGCAGACCUCGGAGAUUCCUCAAUUGUCUCGCCUUAUCUGAUAGUUCGAACCGAAAAUGACGAGCUCAUAUUCUACAAACCAGCGUUUAUCACCACCAGUACUGCUGGAGAAUCAACACGACGUUUACACUUCUUCAGAGAGUCUAACAGUACUCUACCGAACACGCCCUCGGAGGAUACCCUCGCACAAGCUGAAUACCAGCAACGAUUUAGGCCUAUGAGGGUUCUUUCAAAUGUCUCAGGUCUCAGCACAGUCUUUAUGCCUGGGGCCUCUCCCAACUUUAUCUUUAGAACAGCCAAAAGCCCACCACACAUCACUCGCCUCCGAGGAGGCUUCGCACGAUGGCUAAGCAGCUUCGAUUCAACCGAGGCUGAUUGUGAAGCUGGGUUUAUUUACGUGGAUUCCCAGCACUGUAUCCGAGCUUGUCAACUGCCCCAAAAGACUCAAUUUGACUACCCGUGGCCGUUGCGUCAAAUUCCACUGGAAGAACAGGUGGAUUUUCUGGCUUAUUCAACCUCUUCUGAAACCUAUGUCAUCGGUACUAGCCGUCCGGCAGACUUUAAGCUACCGGACGCUGACGACUUGCACCCUGAGUGGCGUGGCGAAGGUACGCAUAUACCGGAUCGAUCUCUCGGUAUUUCACUGAUCAAAUUUGCAGAACUGUCCUUCUGUCCGAGAAUUCCGGAAAGUUCCAUCAAGGUCAUCAGUCCCAAGACAUGGACCAUUAUUGACAGCUACCCAUUGGAUCCCGACGAGCAGAUCACAGCUGUCAAGAACGUCAACAUUGAGAUCUCCGAAAAUACCCAUGAGCGCAAAGAUCUCGUAGUUGUCGGGACGGCGAUUGCCAAGGGCGAGGACAUGCCAUCCCGCGGCACGAUUUACGUUUUCGACGUGAUCAACGUGGCCCCGGAUCCCGAAAAGCCCGAGACGGGCCGCAAGUUGAAGCUAAUCGGCAAGGAAUCUGUCAAGGGUGCCGUGACCGCCCUGUCUGGCAUUGGGGGGCAAGGGUUCAUCAUCGUCGCCCAGGGGCAGAAGUGCAUGGUCCGAGGUCUCAAAGAAGACGGCAGUCUCCUCCCUGUCGCAUUCAUGGACAUGCAGUGUUACGUGAAUGUUGCGAAGGAGCUGAAAGGAACUGGCAUGUGCAUUCUUGGCGACGCUGUCAAAGGCCUUUGGUUCGCCGGCUACUCAGAGGAGCCAUACCGGAUGUCCCUCUUCGGCAAAGACCCCGAAUACCUAGAAGUCGUGGCCGCAGACUUCCUUCCGGAUGGAAGCAAGCUCUACAUGCUAGUCGCGGACAGCGACUGCAACCUGCAUGUUUUGCAGUACGACCCUGAAGAUCCCAAAUCCUCUAAUGGUGACCGCCUGCUCAGCAGGAGUAAGUUCUACACGGGCAAUUUCGCCUCUUCGGUGAUGCUCCUCCCACGGACGGCGGUUUCUUCAGAAAUCCCAGACUCGUCAGAAGAGGCAAUGGAUGUAGAUGAGACGCACACCAAGCACCAGGUCCUUGUGGCCUCCCACAAUGGAUCUUUGGCACUCGUGACAUCAGUCGCAGAAGAAUCCUACCGUCGGCUGUCGGCCUUACAGUCGCAGCUCGUCAAUACAGUCGACCACCCUGCUGGGCUCAAUGCGCGGGCGUUCCGGGCCGUCGAGAGCGACGGCGCCGCGGGCCGGGGCAUGGUCGAUGGGAACCUCUUGCGUCUAUGGCUGAACAUGGGCAAGCAGCGGCAGGCGGAAAUUGCGGGUCGGGUGGGUGCGACGGAGUGGGAGAUCAAGGGGGAUUUGGAGAGCAUCGGGGGUGACGGUUUCGGCUAUCUGUAA